UCCUUAAUUCUCAUAUUAAUUAAUGAUUUUCUUGAGUCAUUCAAAUCCGACUCAUAUUACUAAUUGUCACUAACUAAGAUCAUCUUCAGAAUACAACUAUUAACUCAACCCUUCGCAGUGUGCUUCACAAAUGUCCAACUUAGCUUUAAAAAGCUCAAACAUAAUUACUUCUUUUUCCCCUCAAUACUUUCUCCUUAACUUAUCCUUUCACUAAACCAGUUUUUACUCCAAUAACCUAAAGGUUAUCUUACAAAUGUCUUUGUAAUGAAAAUGUCAGUUAAAAAAGUAAAUUUGAAUCUUCUCUUAAAAAUAAGAGUUAACCUUAACCCAACAACAGUUGUGAUGUAGACCCAGAGAAGUAAACUUGUAAACCUUUCUUACUGUUCAAUAAAUUUUUGCCUCAAACCAACAAGAUUUACAUUUGAAUCACCAUUCUUUGGAUCUUUCUCUUUGUAAAUUGUGCUUCAUUUUGAUUCAUUGAAUGGAUAGAAUUACAAACUGGACUUUUUCAACUUAUCUAACACCAAAUGAAACCAACAAUUCAAAUUUCCACCUUGAUUUGAGAGAAAACAUUGCAUCGUUUGAUCGCAUCUUUGAAAUAAAGACAGAGUUAGCUCUGUUAAUCGCUUAUUUAACAUUAUUAAUUUUCGGUUUCGUCUCUAAUGCCAUCAUUAUCCUAUUGUUUUGUGCAACCAACUUUAAUCAAAGGGAAUCCAGAAGUUUAUUGUUUACCAAUUUAGCGCUUUCGGAUGCCAUUUACUGUCUCUUCUUUUGUCCUUUCACUUUGCAUAAUAUUUUAAGAAAAAGUUGGCCUUUUCCGGAACUUUUGUGUAAAAUUGUGCCCACCUUUCAGAGUAUCUUGGUUUUUGUAUCAAGUGGAACCAUAACUUCAAUAAGUAUUCAGCGAGCCUUUAUCAUCACUGGUUUCCAGUCCAAUCCUCCAGCAUCAACUCAUUGUUGCUCUACUCAUCACCAGUCACAAUUUCAAUCAUAUAAACAUUAUUCCUUUUCACCUUCAGCCUCGUCGCCUUCGUCAACGCCCUCGUCGUGCUAUAAAAGUAAAAUUUCAUCGCCUCUCAAUGCAUCUUCAUUGUUUUCAACUUCACCGUCUACUUCUUCAUCCUCAUCUUCGUCAUCUUUAACGGCUUCACCAUUAGUCAACUGGAUUCGUUCAGAUAUUAUUUUGUUGACCUUAAUCUGGAUUACAGCCAUCACUUUAUCCUCGCCAAUCUUUAUUUAUCAAACAGUCCACCAUAUCAAUCUGAUUGAUACUCACACAAUACCCAUUUGUGGUGAACUCUGGCCUCCUCAUGGUCGUUCUUUUUAUACACUGGCUCUUAUCUUGAUCCAAUGGGCUUGUCCCUUGUUAACCAUGAUCCUUUGCCAUUACAAGGUUGACUCCUUUCUCCGUCAUCAUAUGGAGACUCGGGUCCGUCUCAUGUGUUUCAAUGAUAUGGAUUCAAAACAAAAGGGUAACCUUUUUUACUCCAAACUGGUUUCAACUAUUUUGACCAAACGCGAUAUCAGGGAUAAAUUGAAACGAAAUACAAAGGUGACUCGAGCCUUGUUCAAAAAUACAGUCAUCUUUGGUUUAAUCUGGUUACCACUUAAUCUGACAAAUUUAUAUUUUGAUUUCCUUCCCGAUGACAAUAGUUACCAAUUGUCAACCACAACAAUCUAUUUAAUACAAGCAAUUAGUCAAACGAUUGCUGUUCUCUCACCAAUAAGCAAUGCUUACCUUUACUUUUGGUCCAAUACCAAUAUAAGGAAGCAAGUUAAAAAAUAUUAUUUAUUUAAUCGUUUUACAGGAAUCAAGACCAAACCAUUGAUCAAAUAAUCCAUGGUAUAAACCAGAAGCCAAACACAGAAACAAUUUCAACGAGCUAAAGCAUAGUUAAAAAAAAAUAAUCUGACAAAGAAAGUGAAACAAUGUGAAAAAAGCGGUUAAAAAGACGAAUUAAAAUUUUAAUUAAAAAAAUGGGGUAGAGAGGGCAACACUUUUAACAGCCUUUAUUUUAAACAAUUAAAGGGUGUCUGUCUAACUCUGAUCAGACGUCUAAAUUCAUACUAAAUUUAAUUGGUUUGAGAUAACCAGUGAAAAGAUAAGGUUAGCCACAUUCAACACCACCUUUUGGUCAAAAUAAUUAGACAAU